AUGGCGACGUUUGUAUCAUUCAAAACGUAUUUAGAUACGCCAUUCUGGAGAGAAGUUAACAAGAGAAAGCUCCAUGAGUGGAAACUUGAUGAGACUCCUAAACCAAUAUUCAGUCAAUUGUCACUUUGUAAGAGUAUUAGUUAUGACGGAAAAAAAAUUCUGACGAAUUCAGGUGAACGGAACAGCGAUCAUUGCAGGCUCUCGCUGAGCCAUGACAGUUUCAAACCAUCAAACGGCAAUCCGAAUGAAGUGUCGAUUUCCGGAAACCUCAUUUUGUACAACACUCGGGAGAGUUUUAAAGCAGCUGCAACCACCAAAAGUCUUGAAGAACUCAUGAAAACAGAAGCAACCAAGAUUUGGGACGUUAUCACUACCAAAACCUGGCUUCAAACUCCUCAUCUUCUCUCGUCAUUCACGAUCAUCGCGUUUGCUGAUCUGAAAAAGUUUCAUUACAUCUAUAAGACUUUUAUUCCAUCGUUGAAGUAUCCAAAAAAUCCAGAGCAAGAGGCAUGGCUCCGUUUUUUAAUUGUUAAUGUUAUAUUCUUGUUCCAGAUUCCUUCGCUCUCUACAGAUGAGUCCAGUCUUCUUACGUACUACAAACGAACCCUUGCUCCAGUUUUUUUGUUCUCCAAAUCUUCACAAGAACCGCUCGAAAUUGCACAUCUCGAAAGUCAAGUUAAUCCAGACGACGUUCUGAUUGUAGUGGCUGAUCCAUCUCCUAACCCCUCCUCUGCUGGCCGUUUGGUUAAAAAUGUGGUAGCAGCUGUGGCAUAUCUGCAUUCCUCUUGGGACCAUUGUAACGUAAUCAGUUUGAGAUCAAGCGGGAGUAUCGAAAUCAAGUACUCCUGGCCAGCAAAUGCGGAUGCAGUCGCUCAGAAUGUCGUUCCACAGUGUUCUGGAUGGGAACAACAUUAUUCGGCAGAUCUCAGCAAGCAGUUCGAUCCAAAGAUCAUGAUGGAAGAAGCUGUGAACUUAAAUUUGAGCCUGAUCAAGUGGAGAUUGAAUCCAGAUUUGAAACUGGAAAGAUACUCGACGCUGAAAGUUCUCAUUCUGGGUGCCGGUACUAUUGGAUGCAAUCUAGCACGUGGAAUUAUGGCUUGGGGUGUCCGUCAUAUAUCGUUUGUAGAUAACUCAUUUGUCAGCUACAGUAAUCCAGUUCGGCAAAGUCUCUCAAAGUUCGAAGAUGCUCGCAAACGACGGGGAAAAGCAGAAACAGCCGUGGACGCUCUUAAAGAAAUCUUCCCAUCUGUUCAAGCAUUCGGAUAUCAGCUUACUGUACCGAUGCCAGGACAUACUAUUGAUGAGAAAGAUGAAGAGCAAUUGGAGAAAGAUGUUCGCCAACUUGAAGAUCUGAUUAAAAAUCAUGAUGUCGUAUUCUUGGCUCUCGAUUCCAGAGAAGCUCGGUGGCUUCCAACUGUCAUGGCUUCCAUUCAUAGGAAAAUCGCGAUUAGUGUGGCUAUUGGAUUUGACACUUAUGUCAUAAUUCGACACGGAAUUGGCUUGAGAAAAGACAGUUUAUCCGAAGAUGUCAACUCGGAAGCUGUGCCAUAUUCUCAACUGUCGUGCUACUUCUGCAGCGAUGUCACCGCUCCAGGAAACUCGACAUCGGAUAGAACAUUGGAUCAACAGUGCACCGUUUCACGUUCUGGGUUAUCCAUGAUCGCUUCUGGGUUCGCUGUGGAGUUGCUUGCUUCUAUUCUCCAGCACCCCGAUCCACUAGCAGCACCUGCAAGUCUCGAUGACAACAUAACUCUUCUUGGUGCGGUACCACAUCAAAUUCGUGGUUUCCUUCACAGAUUCCAACAAAUUCAUCCAAGCGUCAAGCGAUUCGAGAAGUGUGUUGCAUGCGGAGACUUGAUUGCUGAUAGGUUCCAGAAGAAUGGAUGGAAGUUUGUACGUGAUGUCAUGAACUCACCAAAGCAUCUUGAAGAAGUCACCGGACUAGAUGAGCUUCAGGAGUCUGUUGAAGCUAUUGACAUUGACUUCGACGAUGACGAGUCGGUUGUUUCAGUUUGA